GUUACGUUACUUCACGGAUUUUGUAUCGACGGAGUCUCUGAACCCUUCUUCUGUUUCCAAGUUUGUUUAGAGAGUGAUAAGUAGUAAACAAGAAAAAUAUUGGCAAAUGAAGUAACCUGCUUGAGUACUGAGAUUUAAACAUAGUGUAGCAGUUUUGUGUUAGUUUGUUACUGCUGUUUACUGACAUAAGCAAAUAAAUUUUGCAUCAGUAUGCCUCUUCAGAAUUGCUAUGCAAGACAGAUUUUUGACUCAAGAGGAAAUCCUACAGUUGAGGUGGACUUGUUGACAGAUCAAGGUCUGUUCCGUGCCGCUGUUCCAUCAGGGGCAAGUACAGGUGUUCAUGAAGCCUUGGAACUUAGAGAUGAGGAGAAAAACAAUUACAUGGGCAAAGGAGUUAGGACUGCUGUUGACAACAUUAACAAAAUCAUUUGGCCUGCACUUUCCAAAUCGGACCUUGAAGCAACUCAGCAAGAAGACAUUGAUGAAUUUAUGAUUAAAUUGGAUGGAACAGAAAAUAAGGAAAAGUUAGGAGCCAAUGCUAUCCUGGGGGUUUCGCUUGCUGUGUGCAAAGCAGGAGCAGCCAAGAAGGGUGUACCUCUCUACAGGCACAUUGCAGAUCUGGCAGGUAAUUCUAACAUCAUACUGCCUGUGCCAGCUUUUAAUGUGAUUAAUGGAGGAAGUCAUGCUGGUAACAAGUUAGCAAUGCAGGAAUUUAUGAUAUUACCAACUGGAGCAAAAAACUUCACAGAAGCCAUGAAAAUUGGUAGUGAAGUUUAUCAUAACUUAAAAAGUGUGAUAAAGAGUCGCUUUGGCCUUGAUGCUACUGCUGUAGGGGAUGAAGGAGGAUUUGCACCAAAUAUACAGAACAAUAAGGAGGCUCUGUCUCUUAUAUCAGAGGCUAUUACAAAAGCUGGAUAUACUGGACUUGUGGAAAUUGGAAUGGAUGUUGCUGCAUCAGAGUUUUAUAAGGAGGGCAUGUAUGAUCUUGAUUUUAAAAAUCCAAACUCAGACAGGGGCCAGUGGGCCAGUAUGGAUAAACUAGCAGAGAUAUAUUCUGAUUUCAUUAGAGAGUACCCAUUAGUGUCUAUUGAAGAUCCAUUUGAUCAAGAUCACUUUGAUGCUUGGACCACCUUUACAUCACAAGUAAAUAUUCAGAUUGUUGGAGAUGAUCUCACUGUUACGAAUCCAAAACGUAUCGCACUAGCAGCAGAGAAGAAAGCCUGCAACUGUUUGUUGUUAAAAGUGAAUCAGAUUGGUACUGUGACAGAGAGCAUCCGAGCCCAUCUCUUGGCAAAAUCGAAUGGCUGGGGUACGAUGGUGUCUCAUCGAUCUGGAGAAACAGAAGACUUUUUCAUAGCUGAUCUUGUUGUAGGACUUGGAACUGGACAGAUAAAAACUGGUGCACCAUGUCGUUCAGAAAGAUUAGCUAAAUAUAAUCAGUUGUUACGCAUUGAGGAGGAACUGGGGCACACUGCUAGGUUCGCUGGAAAAGAUUUCCGCCGCCCAGUCUAAACCACCUUUUACAUUUCUGUGGAAUGUGAUGUUAUUUUAUAGUGGUAGUAUUGUCAGUGUCUUCAGUAUAGUGUCUGAGGUCUUAGACAUAAUUAUUGUUCUUGUGUCAUACUAACUAAUUUUUUUAUUAUUAUGCAUUUACAUAAAUGUUUCAUAUUUAAAGAAGAGAUAAUACAGAUUACAAACAAAAACAUUAGACCAAAAUCUUAAAAUCUGAUAUUCAACUAAAAUCUUAAAAUCUAACACUCAAUAUAUCUCAACACAUUCACUGAAAAAUGUUAUUUACAGGUGAGAAAUGAAGCCAUUGUAUAAACAGCCAUAAUGUGAAAAAAUACAGAACUGAUAGAGAAAUAAAAUUUAUUUUUAUUUUUCAUUGUUGUCACUUCCAAAGCUAGUCUCUCAAAUGAGCAUUCCAUGUGGAUAAUGUACAGAGAAAUCUGAUUAAUUGUUUACAAUUUUACAUGCAGUUAGAUCUUUGUGUUAAGUGGUAGAAUGGUGAUACUCAAUCACUAAAAAUGUUAUGCAGGAUUUCACUGAAUUUUUAACACUGUAUUACAAACUCAGUUGAAGCUGGCACAAAUGUUUGAGAAAGUACAACAUAUAAGUGACUCCAGAUUGCAAGUGAGAACAUGCAUCAGGAGUGAUAGUUGCAUAGCUGACUAAUAUUGUCAGCAAUAAUUGGAUUCAGUUAGACGGUACUGAAGGAGUGAUGGACAAAAUAAAAAACUGCAAUAAUCAGUUACAUGCAAA